AUGAGGCACUCUGAAGUCAGAGGUAUUGAGGAGGUUGCACGACACGAUGGGCCACCUAGGGUUCCAGAAAAUACUUCAGCUGGCGAGGAGCCGUUUCUUCUGGACAGGGCUACACACCGAUGUAAAGAGGUAUGUGGAGGCCUGCAAGCGGUGUGCACUGAGGUAGCUCCCAUACACCAGGAGAAGUGCUGGCUUGCAAAAUUCCGGACAGAGCGACCCCUGCAACUCAUCUGCAUCGACUUCUUAAGCCUAAAAAGAUCAUUAGGUGGAUACGAGAAUGUUCUGGUCCUCACUGACCACUUCACGCGCCACGCACAAGCCUACCCCACGAAGGACCAGAAGGCGACAACGGUGGCGAAAAUCUUGUGGCAGAAAUUCAUUGUCAACUAUGGUAUCCCCGAACAGAUUCAUUUUGACCAGGGGAGAUGUUUUGAGUCACGGAUCGUCAAAGAGCUGUGUCGCCUCCUAGGAGUGCAGAAGUCAAAGACAACUCCGUAUCACCCCCAAGGCAACGGCAUGACGGAACGAUUUAAUCGUACACUCCUGUCGAUGUUGGGCACCCUUGAGGAGACCGAGAAGAGGAACUGGGCGAUGUACACCGAGACAUUGACUCAUGCUUACAACAGCACACAACACGAGUCAACUGGCCACUCACCUUUCUUCUUAAUGUUCCUGAGGGAGCCCAAGCUUGCUGUCGAUAUUCAGUUUCCAACCCGGUCCAACGACAUGCUGGAGAUGCAGAUGCAGAACUUCCUAUCUUCGUCGAGAAUCUUCAGCGACAACUUCAUCGAGCCUAUCAAGAGGUUGAGGCACAAGCAGAGAGAUCUCGUCAGAAGCAGAAGAAAACUACAACAAGACAGUCAAGGAAACCACCUACGAUCCUGGGGACAAGGUGCUUCUGGCCAACAAGUCGCUUCGAGGAAAGCACAAGCUGAAAGACAAGUGGGAGGAGACCCCUUCAUUGUGGUCAGACGACAUCUCCAAGGUCCAGUGUAUGUAGUCAGACAACUCGGCUCCAUGAAGACAAAGUCUGUCCACAGGAACCUGUUGACAAGAUGUCACUUCCCAGUAGAUACACCAGAAAACAAGGCUGUACCACUUCUCUCUUCAGAUGAGACGUCCUGUGUUAUCCGUCCGUCGCCCGAGUAUAAUGACUCGGCAUCUUCAUCCAUCGAUGAACCCCAGCCUAGAGACCAGACAUCAGGCUCUAACUCAAGUUCCGAUCCUGACGAUUCAGCGGAUGAAUACUGUCCCUCCAGCUCUGAUGAGUCUGUGGAGAUUUUACCUGGCAGACUUUGA